AAAAAAAAACACUUCAUUGCAGCUCAGUACUUCACUUGUCCGGAAAAAGCAAUAUUUCCAAAAACCCUAAUUCUUUAACUCAUUACAACACUUCCCUAGAUUUCCUCUCUCUGCGAAGUUAAUUUUCGGAGACGAUGCUUCUCCAAGCAUUUGACGGCUUGUAAAGAAGAGAAAUUUGGGGAUUUUUUUAUUUUCUAGUUUGUGUAUAAAAAUGGCAUCUUUGGAAGAUGUUGCUGAGGCAAAGAUUCACUCUGAUGAUCCUGGCUCCGAAUUGGGGAUUUCGGAUUCUGAACCGAAGGAAGAUCGAACUAGGGUUUUGAAUUUGAGGAAAUGUGAAGCUGUUGUGAGUGAACAGGUUGUGGAAAGUAAAGCUAUUGUAGACUCUAGUCCUGAUGUGAAUGGUUCUGAGGGCGAACAUGUGAAAAGUUGCAACGAAAAUGAUGGAAAUGUCGAGAACUCUUUGGAGGAAGAUCAGACUAGGAUUUCAAAUUUGAGGAAAUGUGAUGCUGUUGUAAGUGAACAGGUUGUGGAAAGUGAAGUUAUUGUAGACUCUAGUGUUAAUGUGAAUGGCUCCAAGGGCGAACUUGUGAAAAGUUGCGACGAAAAUGGUGGAAAUGUCAAGAAUUCUUUGGAGGAAGAUCGAACUAGGGUUUCGAAUUUGAGGAAAUGUGAUGCUGUUGUGAGUGAACAGGCUGUGGAAAGUGAAGUAAUUGUAGAGUCUAGUGUUAAUGUGAAUUUCUCUGAGAGCGAACUUGUGAAAGCUCGCAACGAAAAUGAAAGAAAUGCCAAGAAUUAUUUGGAAGAAACGGGGGAUUGUAAGUCUACGGGUGAUGAUCAAUUGGAUGUUAUGGAUGUGGAUGGAUGUGACGAAGGAACUGGUGAUAAGAUGAAUGAUUCGGAGAUGAAUAAUAAGGAGCACGGGUUUCGUGUGGGGGAUUUUGUUUGGGCAAAAAUCAAGAGUCAUCCGUGGUGGCCGGGGCAGGUGUAUGAUCCAGAAGAUGCUUCGGAGUUUGCUAUGGCUCGUAAACAGGAGGGUCGUCUUCUGGUGGCCUUUUUUGGGGAUGGUUCGUGUUCUUGGUGCUCAUUGUCUCAGCUGGUACCCUUUGUGGAAAAAUUUUCACAGAUGUCAAAAGAUAGUAGCUCGAAAAACUUUCUUUAUGCUGUGCAGACGGUUGCGGAUGAGGUUGGUAGGCUGAUGGAGUUAGAGAUGAUGUGUAAAUGCAUCCCCGAGGAAAAGAAAGAGAGUCUUGCUAAGCCGGAGGUUUUAAAUGCCGGAUUGAGAGCAGGGGUCGUCGUGCCAGAGGUGGAUGUUUGUCGGCUUUCUUUGCCCGAGUAUGAACCUGUGGAUGUGUUGGAUAGAGUCAUGCAGCUAGCGAAGGUGGUUUCUGUGGGGAACGCUCUCGACCUUGCUGUUUUAAGGAGUUGGUUGUCUGCGUUUUGUUAUUUUAGUGGUGCUCGUACAUUGGCUGUGUAUCACGAGCCCUUUGAUAUUGAAGGUUUGGAAGAGAAUAAUCGAGAUGAUUUAGAUGUUGCGGUUGAAGUCCCUGUGCUCCGCCCACAGGAUGACGACUGGCUAUCUUCGCCCACAGCUCGGUCUGUGAACUCACAGGUGCCAUCGGAGAGUAAGGUUUUGCAUAGACGGAAGCAGAGAAGUGUGGCUGAGCUCAUGGGAGAGAACAAAAAUGUGAAGCCGGGUAAGGAGGGCAUGGAUGUCGAGAAGUCCACGACCACCCGGAAGAGGAAGAAGGAUAACGAGCAGCCUUGUUCAACGGAGAAGAGAGGUAAGAAGAGAAAGGCAGAGGUUUCAUCGUCCCCUAUGAUAACGGAUGCAAAAGAUGAUGGUGCAAACGGAGGGAAUCUGUCGGGAAAGCCAAAGGAAAUCGAUAUUUCUGUUGCUGAAGAAGCUUACGAAGAAGCCAGAGAUGACUCAGACACAGUGUCAACCCCGAGGGAGAGGAAGAAGAGCAAGUACUUAUCUCCUCCGUACACGAAUCUUGCUUGGAGACUGGGUAGCUCGAGCUUUAAGUCACUCUCGAGUUUUAAGUCCGUAGCACAGGCUGAGAAUGAUGAAGCUACCAAGACAGCUGAGGCGGGAGGAGAGCACGCAGAGACUGCUACGUCUCAGUCUAUCUCAACGGAUAACGAGCCAACAGGAAGUGUCGGUGACACACGUUCACGGACAGUCAAGGAUGUUAAGAUGCUGAGCUUCUCCGUGUCUGAUGUUGAUAUGCCGGUUAAUGAACUACUGUUAGAGAUACAGCGUGCAGCUCUCGAUCCGUUUUACCUAAGCAAGAAGGGCUCCCUUGAUACGGUUUGGGCGUUCGUCUCUGCACUCAGAAGCUCAACGUACUUGCACGGAUCGGACUAUAAGAUAUAUCUCAAACAACUGUCUCAGCUAACUAACAUAAGCAACGGACGAGCUGAGGAGAAAACAGGCAACAGAUUGCCCGAAGAGAACACUCCCAUAGCAUCAAAUACACCAAAGAAAACUAAGAAAUCCGAAAAGGGCGAAACUAUGACGUGCCUCACUCUGUCUUUCACGCCCAGAUUUCCUCUGCCUUCGAAGAAACUGGUCGUGGGGCUGUUUGGCAAGUUCGGGAGCCUCAUCAUGAAGGAAACAAAGGUCGAGAAAGACAGCCACUCUAUCCGGGUUGCGUACACCAAGGACUCUGAUGCAGAAGCAGCCUAUGAAUCAUCAUCAAGCACAUGUCCAUUUGGUUCGGAGAACGUUAGCUACUCGUUGCACCGCUGCCCUAAGCUGCGGCCUCCUGAGAAACGAGAAGCUGGGGGAUUGGUUUCGGAUCUCAGCGCCAUCAAGCAGAAGCUCGAGAUAACGACAGCUAUUGUGGAGAACUACCGUUCGAGAUUCUCGUCGGAGGAGGAGUCGGAUUUGAAGGACGAGAUGAAGCUGCUGAUGGAGAAGAUGGAGACGGUCGGAGAGAUGGUGAGAGUUAUUGCUGAGAAAAGCACAUCGUAAUCUAGUGGUUUGUUGUUAGUCUGCAAUUGCAAUUGUUGUAGAUGUUUUUGGUGGAAUUUGAUGGAAGAAGAAGAAGAAGAAGAAAAGUACCAUUUUCUUAUUUAUUUAAUUUUCUUUUGCAGUUA